UUAGCAAGGAGGAGCAUGGGUCUUCUUGGAGCAGUUUUUUCAAUUGUGAAUGCACUAGUUCUACCAAUACUAGGGCCUGGAACAAUGCUUCUUUAUCCAGCCUAUGCAUCAAUUCAAGCAAUGGAAAGGCCUUCACAUCGAGACAGCAAGCAGUGGUUAUCAUAUUGGAUUCUAUAUUCAUUUAUAUCCCUCUUCGAGAUAACAUUUCUGGUAUUUCUUCAAUGGUUUCCAUUGUGGGGACUGAUCAAGCUUCUGGUUCAUUUGUGGUUAGUGCUGCCUGUUUUCAAUGGGGCAACUUUUGUUUAUGAGAAUUACAUGCGGGACUACAGAAAGCUUAAUGGCUUAUUAAACGACUUGAGAAAAAUGAUCCCUGGUGAAGGAUUUUAAUUAAUUAUGCCUUAAUUCGAGGAGAACAAAUGAGC